AUGCUGCUGAAUGACACAAACCACACAGAGGAGGACCUCUUCUCCUGCUACAGUCCUUCAGUGGUGGGUUACCGGUACUUUGCCGUGGUGUGGGGAUGUGCCGUGACCAUCACCGGUACCGUGGGGAACCUGAUGACGGUCCUGGCCUUCGUCCUGGACCCACGUCUGCGGACUCGCUUCAACGUGCUCAUCGUCAACCUGGCCAUAGCUGACCUCCUGUACUGCACCGUCCUGCAGCCCAUCUCUGUGGACUCCUACCUCCACCUCAGGUGGYGCAGCGGCCAGCUGUGGUGCAGCAUCUUCGGCCUGCUCCUCUUMCUCUCCAACUCCGUCUCCAUCAUCACCCUCUGUCUGGUGGCAGUGAGCAGAUUCCUCCUGGUUGCAAAGAGGCCUGUUUUUGACCGCGUCUUUUCCAACCAUGGACUGACUUUGCUCCUGAUCUCAGCCUGGGGACUAGGCCUGGCCAGCUUUGCCCCCCUCUGGUCCGUCUACGUGUUUGUGCCUAAUGUGUGCACAUGCAGYUUCCAUCGAACCAGGGGUCGCCCCUACACCACCAUCCUGCUGUUCUUCUACUUCUUUAUCGGUUUGGGGUGCGUUGGAGCAUUUUACCUGCUCAUUUACAAGAAGGUUCGAAAUGCAUCGAAAGCUCUGCUCCGUUACAGGCUCAGCAGACGCUCGUCCAAGAAGAAGCCUGCCCCUUCAGAUCAGACGACUGAUGACAGCGGAGUGGAGAGUGGUGCGGCAAAGACAGAAAGCUCUGAACUGAGCAGCCAGCUGGAAUUGGACCAAAACACAGAUGCUGUUAAUCCUGGCAAGUCAUGCAACCCCACUCAGGGCUCAGCCACAGCCAAAAAAUCAUCAAGUGACAACGCGGCCAUCCAAAAACCUGCCCCAGCUGCCCCGGCCUCGCAGUCUGCAACUUCAGGAGAUGAUGGUGAAUUCAAGCGUGUGACACGCAUGUGCUUCACCGUUUUUCUGUGUUUCGUGUUCUGCUUUGUCCCCUUCCUGAUUCUGAACAUAGCCGACAAACACAACCGCGCCCCACAGGUUCUGUACAUGUUCUGUGCAAACCUCACCUGGCUCAACAGCUGCAUCAACCCUGUGCUCUACGCCGUCAUGAACCGACAGUUUCGACAGGCCUACAACGUGCUGCUGACCAGAGCUGCUGCUCCCCUCACCUGUCUCUGGUCCUGCUKCCGAGGCUGCAGAGGGUGA